GGGGGCAAGAUGCCACCGUGUCAACGUCGUACAGGCAUCCCUCCCCCCGCAGAACGGCUUUCGAUUCGAGCCCGACUGCCCUCUUGCCGUGACCAUGGACAGCUCAGCAAGUACGACUAACUUUGAACACCAUCACUCUACGGCUGCCCUUCCUCGAGCAGCAAGCGCCGGCAUGCGAGGGAGCAUCGACUGUGAGGCCCAGGUCACGCGCGCCUGCAGCGGUAAUGCUGGCCUCAAGCUCGCUGAUGGUCGCAGGAACGGGCAAUACUUUGGCAGCGGAGGGGAACAACGAGGCAGCGACGAGAUCUCGGCCUGGUCCUCGUCUUCAUCUCUGCAUACAGCACGCCGCUGGCUCAAUCAGGCCUACUCAUUCUGUACAGCCGACCAGCCCAUUGACUGGUCUUCGACACGUCUGCGCUUCGACGCCUGGAAAACGGCUACGCCCACUCGCUGCUUUGUUCUCACUCUACUCGCCGAGGCAGGAGGCGUCUGGCUCUUUUCCCUGGGAUACCAUGCCGCUAUCUACUCGGCCUUGUAUGCUUGGCUUUCUCUUGACAAAGUGGACGGCAUUGACGCUACCUCUGCCGGUCUUUUUGAGUUCUUCGCCUUCUCCCUCUCCCUCUACUUCGCCCUGAUCAUCUUUGGGCCCGCUGGCUCGGGAAGUCAGCUCGUUCCGCAGGUGAGCGUGGCGGUCACCAUGCUGGGGCUUGGUCCGCUGUGGAAGCUGCCCUUCAUGGUCCUCGCUCAGACUUUAGGUUUUUGGGCGGGACAGCUUACUGCAAUCGGCAUCGAGUACGACCUGUUCCGGCAGCUCAAAGAGGAGGCGCUGCUGAUGAGUUGGGGUGAUAGGGAGGCAUUCUGGGCAACCGGCGACAAAAUCUUGGGAAAGAGUAUCGCCCAACUUGUCAUAUACUAUAAGCUUCCAACCAGGAGCUGGGCACCACAGGUGCUCAGUGAGGUGGUGCUCAACUUCAUCAUGGCUGUCCUGAUUGCCGCCAGCGUCGACCACUCCAACCCCUUCAGCUCGCCGUCUAACUCCGCGUGGACCAUUGCAGUUGGUGGUGGCUUUGUGCUCAUCUUCUUUGGCCUCGACGACAUGGCGACUUGGAGCUUCCGGUGGGUCACGGGUUUCAAUUGUUGGAUACUCUUCGGGAUCGAUAAGCGCUGUUUCCCUGCACACGAGUCUGUGUUUGAGGCUUUCGCGCCCUUGAUCGGCAUGCCCAUCGGCUUCACCUUCUACGCCCUUCUCAUCGCAGACACGCGACGUCCCGCUGCAAACACCUUCCUUGCCCAAGUCGAUGCUGAGGUCUCCGAGAUGGCGGCCCAGGCUUCACAGAGCCAGCUCGAGCUCCUGGAGCAGCGUGCCAAUCGCAAGGCGACUCGUCGCCGCCGUCGUUGGAGCAGCUAUGGCCUGCAGCGCAAGGCAUCGAGCGAGGUCCUGCCUAAUACAGGUUCCGCUUUUCCCUCCGAGCAUGCCGACCAGCUCACCAGCCUCGGUCGCGUGCAAGAAUAUCGUCUGCGAGGUCCAGCGGCCAUCGUCGCACCAGUCAAGCGAAACGGUGGUCGGCCCCGGACGGCUGAUUCUUCUGCGCCCACCGUGACGACCACCGUGACGACUACGACGGCUACGGCGGCUACUGAGUCCGCGGAGCUGCAGCCCAAGAUCAGCUUCAGCAGCGAGUCUACGGCUCGAGGCGCUCCUUCACCGUUUCAGGCGCAGAUGGAGAGCUCUUCCGCGUCUUCCGCAACUCUCUCGUCUCCCCUAUAUCCCACGAUUCCUACUUCAGCGGCGCCGCCCAUCCCUCGCCUCCACCGCCGCCAGCAAUGGGCUGCCCCGUCUGAGCAGAUCGUAGUACAAGGACAAGCCCUCACGGCUGAUUACUCGCAGCAGCCAAUGCCACCCAGCGCAGGGAGCUUUGCCGGCCAAAUCAACAGCACGAGUCAGGCCAACGACAGCAGCCAUGGCGGUAGCGUCCCCACUACGCCACAAGGAGCCUCAGAUGGGCUGAGGUUAGAGACUCGCGUCCAGCUGCCAUGAAUGGGUCAAGUGCGCUAGAGGGACGCCUGCCUCCUCGCAGCGCUUGAAUAAGGUAUCAUGCGGGAACACUUCCUCUCACUCUCUAGCU